GUUAGUGAUUAGAUAAACAGCUACACACAAAGUCAAUUUAAUUUAAUUGAUUUAAGUUAUUUUUAGAUACUAAGUAUAAGUUAAAAAAAAUACCAUAAAUUGUUCCAACUAAUCAAAACUAAUAGAAAUACUUACUUUUUCGCGGUUAAAAUUUAAAAGAAUUCAAAACUUAUUUUAUAUUUCUAUACUUACUAAGACUUAGUAUAAAGUCAAUUGUCAAAUUGUAAAUCGAAUUUGACAAUGUGUCAGUUCCUGAGUGAAUUUACGGGUGUACAUACAAGUCAGUGUUGUAAAUUUAACGCAAAUAAUAUAUCGUAUUUAAAUCUCAAAUUAUAAUAAUCUUAUAUACAAAAUUAAAAAAAAAAACUGGUCUGGUGUAUACACCACCACUAUAUCAAAAUAAUAUAAUGGGUGAAAAUAAUGAAAAGAAGAAAAUACGUGUUUGGUGUGAUGGGUGCUAUGAUAUGGUUCAUUUUGGUCAUGCUAACUCUCUCCGCCAAGCUAAAGCUUUAGGAGAUGUCUUGAUUGUGGGUGUUCACACUGAUGAAGAAAUAUCCAAACAUAAAGGCCCACCAGUGUUUACGCAGGAAGAACGGUACAAAAUGGUUCGGGCAAUUAAAUGGGUUGAUCAAGUGGUGGAGGGUGCACCCUAUGUCACGACGCUAGAGACCUUAGAUAAAUACCAAUGUGACUUUUGUGUCCAUGGAGAUGAUAUUACAGUUACAGCUGAAGGCAUAGAUACAUAUCACUUAGUCAAAACUGCGGGUAAAUAUAGGGAAGUGUCAAGAACAGCUGGUGUUUCUACAACAGAUCUUGUUGGACGAAUGUUAUUACUUACAAGAGAACAUUUCAAAGGUGACAAAGAGUACACGGUCGCACUAGACCAUUCCUCGAAUCUCGGCACAGACAGCACAGCAAGGUCACCAUAUACAGGCUGUUCACAAUUCUUACCGACCACACAGAAAAUCAUACAAUUUAGCAGCGGGUUGUCACCUAAGCCAACUGACAAGGUGGUAUAUGUAGCAGGUGCCUUCGAUCUAUUCCACGUGGGUCAUUUAGAUUUCUUAGAGGCUGCGCACGCGCAGGGUGACUUCCUGAUUGUCGGCCUUCACACUGACCUUGAGGUGAACCGCUACAAAGGAUCCAAUUAUCCCAUUAUGAAUCUCCACGAACGUGUCUUAUCUGUACUCGCUUGUAAGUAUGUCCAUGAGGUGGUAAUAGGCGCACCAUACAGUGUGACAGCUGAGCUCAUGGAACACUUCAACGUGGAUGUUGUAUGUCACGGCGCUACGCCUAUCGCAUUGGACGCGGACGGCUCAGAUCCCUAUACAGUGCCUAAACAACGGGGGUGUUUCAAGAUUUUGAACUCUGGCAACACAAUGACCACAGAAGAUAUAGUGCAAAGAAUAAUUCGUCAUAGGCUUGAAUUUGAAGAAAGGAACACAAAAAAAGAGCAAAAAGAAAUGGCUGUAUUAAAAGCAGCAGCAAAGAAACAACUAAAUGGCGACUGUAAGACAGCUAAAACAGUUGUAUAAAUCCAGUAAUAUGCAUAAAUAAAUGUUGAAUUUCAAUUGAAAUAUUAUAAAAAGAAUUCGUAGAUGUUGGUUAGAAUACUUAGCAAGAUAUAAUACUACUUUGAAUUCUCGUUUUGAACGUUUGACGUCUUUAUUACCUAUGUUUAGGCCCAUUUUACAAUGCACAAAUGGUGUUAAUCUUGCUUUCAAGCUUAUACUAUCCUCAUACCUUACGUCAAUGUUACGUCAAACUUGACAUCUGAUAGAUGUCUACUCGAAUAAAUAUUUUAAGUAAAAUUUUAGUUAAAACAAAAAAUCAUUCCAUUUUUUUAAUUUGUUUCUUUUUGCAUUUAAUAGUAAUUUAAUUUUUGUUCUUUUUUUGCAGCUCUCUCUCUUUUUAAGUUAUGUAUUUGGUCAAUCCUCAAUUCGGUUUUACUUAUACCCAGAUUUGCAAAGAAUAUAUUAUUCAUACAAUGCAAAAGCUGAAAAUAAUACUGAAAGGAACAUAAAAGACGUCAUACGAAAGUCAUUUAAAUUUAGUGAUACAAUUUUAUCCGCCAGGCCAUUGAAUAAUCUUUAAUUAAUGAUAAAAAUUCCUAAACAAAUUGCCAAAUUAUGAUAUAUUUCUAUGAGCUAUAAAAUAAUUACAAUUAUGAACUUCUUAUCAUUUAUGAAAUUGAAACAUGACACAAAGUCAAGGUAUGGUAAGACAGAAAUAAGAGUUCUUAGUCCGACAUCUGUAAGUCUGAAACAUAUUGGAUUUAGACAUUAUAUGUAUGUCAUAGUUCACCCUAACUCUCGUUUCGAAAUCUUACCCUUAAUAUCUAUAUAUUAUAUUUUUAUAAUAGAUAAAUAAAUCUAUUUAAUAAAAAUAUAUUUAUUUAAAAUAAAUAAGUCAUCCAAAUCAUUAAAAAAUAAAUUUUAUUGGGGGUACUAUGUUUUCAAUUACCCAUUUAGUGGUAAGACCACAUGCCAGUUAUCACCAAAUAUUAAUAUAGUACAUUUAGUUUAUGCAUUUUAAAUUUUUAUUACUCUGUCAUACAUUAUUUUGUAAAUAUGUUUUUGUUAUUUUUAAUAUUGUAAAAAUUUGUAUAUUACAGUUAGAUAUGGCUGAUAGUUAUCAUGGCUAUAAUACUUGGUGCAGUCACCUUUUUAAUGUUAUUUAUAUUUACAUAGAUUAUUCAAUUAAAUUAUCUCACAGA